AUGCCUGGGGAUUGGAAUGCUAAAAUCGGAAAAGAAGAAAUGUAUCAAGGAGUCAUCAGAAGAAAUAGCAUUCAUGAAAAUAGUAACGACAAUGGGAAACGAGUAGUGGAUCUGGCUUCAGGGCAUAAUAUGGUGAUUACUACAACAAUGUUUCUUCAUAAAAGAAUGCAUUUAGGUACUGAACAUGGACUUCACCGGGUGGUGCUACUGGAAACCGAAUUGACCAUAUUGUUAUUGAUGCAAGACAUGCUACUGAUAUUGCAGAUGCAAGAUCUUAUCGAGGGGCAAACUGUAGCAUGGAUCAUGGACCACUACUUAGUGAGGGCAAACUAUAGACAAAAAGUAUCAAUCAAACCUAGAAGUGGAAGGGCAAAAAGGGCUAUAAGAUAUGAAGUUGAAUCUCUAAAGCAGAAUGAAAUCAAAAUUAAAUAUCAGCGGGUGCUUGAACAAAACCUGAUAAAAGCAAAGGAGAGGAGGCAAAGACCAAGAAACAUCGAAGGAAGGUGGAAAGAUAUAAGAUCAAGUGUCAUCGCAACUGCAGCAGAAGUACUUGGAAGUAGUAGAAAAAGAAGGAAAAAUAGUUUGUUUGAUUUAGAUUGUAGGAAUGCAUUAGAGGAAAGAAGAAAUGCGAGUAUAAAGAUGAUCCAAAACGAAUCUGAAAGCAAUAUUGAAGAUUUCAAAGAGAAGAGAAGACUGGCAUCUAAAUUAUGUAAGAAGAGAAAGAGGGAAUGGAUAAAUGCGAAGUUAAAAGAAAUAGAGGAAAAUAGAAGAAUCAAUGAAAUGAGAAAAUUUUAUACGGAUAUUAAGGAAGAAAAGAAAGGGUUUCAACCAAAAAUUGGUUUUUGUAGAGGAAAAGAAAGAGAGCUCAUUAGUGAUAAAAAAAUUCUAGAUAGAUGGGUUGAAUAUUUUGAAGUACUAUUAAACGAUGGAGUAGAAUCUAUAGACGGUCAAACGGAAACAAAAAUAGACGAAGCCUUAGAGGUAGAUUCUGAGGAAGAAAGUGCAAAAUGGCGGAUGUGA